AUGGAAUAUUCAACGCAUGUAUUUAUUCAACAAACACCUGUUACAGAACAAAAUUUUGAAUUAAAACUUCAAGAUAUAUCUGAUCAAAUAUCGACAAAUGGUUGUGUAUGUCCAAGUGUAUUUUCACCAUUUACAAAUAUUGUUGUGCAACAAGCAGUAGUUUCAUCCCGGCAUAUUGCGUUUUUACUUCAGGAUGGUCGAAUUUGUCGAGUAUCAUUUCGUGUUCAAGCUGAUAAAAUUGAACCGAAUCCAACUGAAACAACAAAAAGUAAACCGAAACAUAUAACACCACAGACAAUACGUCCUCAAUCUCGUCAAUCGAUGCAUCGUUCAAAUAAUUUUGAUCGUCCAAGUUUUGAAAACCUUGUUUUAUCAUCAGCAAAUCCAUCUAUAGCCGCACAUAAUGCUGCUGCUGCCGUUGCUAACACAACUAAUUCAAGUGGUUCGAGUGGACAGGUUGAUCUAUUACCACAGUUGCAAGCUGGUUAUCCAUUGAGUCGACAGCGACAUCAUCUCAUUCGAACAGCUCGAGGACGAACAGGAAUUAUAUUUGGUUCGAGACCUUUAAUACCAGCAUCAAGUGUUCCCGAAGAAUUAAUCGAACAAGUUCAAGUUGUUCUUCAAGGAAAAUCACGAAAUCUUAUUUUAAGAGAACUACAAAGAACAAACUUAGAUGUAAAUAUGGCUGUGAAUAAUUUACUUGCACGCGACGACGAAGGUGAUGAAGAUCUUGACGAUGAUUAUGUUGGAGCUGACCUCAUCUCAUUACUUGAUGUUAAUCCACAUAAUGAACAUCCAGGAAUCAUACUUGAAUCGGAAUUUUUCGACGAGGCUGAUUUCGCUUUACGUUAUAGUAAUAUACAACGUCGAGUUGUUUCUGCUAGAAUCGGAAAUGCUGCAAGCAACACAUCUGCUCCGACAGUCGCCUCAUCAACUGCUGCUGCCAUAAGUUCUUCAUUGGGUGAUCAAUCGAAUGUGUCCAACUCGAGCUCAACAAAUCCUCAAUCGACAACUAACUCAUCCACAGUUGUAACACCAUCUACAAGUUCUAAUCCAACGAACACAAAUUCUUCUGAACGUGAUCGUAAACGAAAUCGUUAUGAUCCACGUUGGCUCGAUGGUUCGUUACGCGAAGAACUAUUCGGCCGUAUUGAUCGUGAAUUAAAACCCGAUGAUCUAUCUAUAGUAAAAGAUAAUACAUCAGCGAAAACAUCAUCAAUCCGUAAAGAUCAAAAUUCUUCAUCAACAACAUCAUCACAAGCGAAUCUACCUCCAUAUCAACACCAGACAUCAUCAUCAUCAUCAACAACACAAAGUCCCAUUGUAUUCGGUGAUCAAUUACAAUUCUGGACUGAUCCUAAUUGCGAAAAUUCCUAUCCACGUUUUACACAUAUCGCUUGUCUUUAUUCCGAAUUAAUUGCUAUUAAUAUCAAUGGUCAAUUAUGUCAAUGGAAUUGGCAAGAUGAAUAUCCAUAUCAAGAUUCCGAUAGUCCACAUAUAAAACAUCCAAAAACUUUAUUAUUACAAUUGAUGAACGAAAAAAUAAUUAAUCUAUCAGCUAAUAUAAUCCGUGCAUCAAUAUUAACUGAAACAAAUCGUAUAGCAACAUGGAUUGAUGAGUCUCUCGGUUCACAGGUUAGUUUUAAAUUUCAACAUUCACUCCAAGAACUUUCAUCGACAAUGACGUAUCACAUCGUCGAUAUUCAAACGUCACCAUUGUAUACAGUUUUACGCACAGAUACAAAUGAUUUGUAUUGGUAUGGUUUAUUACCGAAUAAACCGCGUAAAAAAUUACUGGAGCGUCUAAAAGAAAAAACACGUAAGAAUCGUACGAACAAUUCAACACAACAGCAGCAGCAGCAGCAGCAGCAACAACAACAACAAAUCAUUACGAUUGGUUCAUCGGUGUGUUUGAUAUCAAAUCCAUAUUAUAAUCAGGGCGCAUUAGCUUUUUAUGUACGAGAUGGACAACCCAAAUUAGGACAAUUAAUGGAACAAGCAUGGAUGCUAUCGAAUACAGCUCGAUUUCGUAUUAAAAUUCCCGAAACAACAACGAACAAAAAUAAAGAGGAUGAUAAGAGUUCAUUAGAAAUGCCACCGCCACCAUCACCGGCAUCGUCAACAUGUAGUGUAGAUUCAAAUACAAGUUUUGCAUCGUCAUUAAAACGGAAGAAACACAGUAAUACUACAACAACGACAACAACAACAGCACCAGCAGCCACAACAAAUGCAGGUGGGAAUGGAUCAAAUCCAUUUCUAAUGACAAUCAAUGAUAGUGAUUCAAAUGAACAACAGCUACAACAUAGUAAAAUUAAAGACGAAGAAUAUUGGCCAUUGGAUGAAGUUGUCUUUAUCGAAGAUUGUAAAGUAGCACCAAUUGGAAAAGUUGUUAAAAUUGAUGGUUCACUUGUACUGGUUAAAUUUCCAUCGAAAAAUACGAAUAACACCGAUACUACGGAAGCAAAUAUUGAUAUGAAUAACCUUGAGAAUUGUAGAAUUCUUCGAAAAGAUGAUUUACAAAUCGUCAAAGGAAAUACAAUACCGAAAACUCCAGAUUGUACUCUAGCAAUUACCAAUGCAAAACGAAUCGCACUAGAAAAUGGAAACUUAUUAACAUAUUCCGUUGAUAAAGAUUAUCUUCAUACAUUACAAAUUCGAGAUUCAACUAUUUAUUACAUAACGUAUGAAAUAGGAAGUAAUAAUGGUCUAUGUCGUUCGAUCCGUCAAAAUAUUUUACCGUUGGUAAAUAAUCGUCAAUCAUUAAUAUCGUUUCUUGGCGGUUUUCCAAAUGCUAUACGAUUAUCAACAUUAAAUUCGAUUGAUAUUCCACGUAUUCUAAUCGAUGGUAAUCAUUUAAUUUAUCCGUUUAUCUAUAAUCAAGAUAGUACAAAUUUAAAAGAACCUCAAUGGAAAAAUCUAUUAGGCAUUAAUUAUUUUUCUCAAGGAAUCGUUCCAUUGAAAAAUGCGGAUCAUCUCAAUAAGAAUCACAUUAUAUUAAAUAUAACACAAAUACAAAAAGGAAUAUUAAUCCCACAUAUACUUCGUUAUGAUAUUGAUAAAAUACGUUCAAUAUUAAACGAUAUUGAAACGACAAAAAAUCGAGAUCUAUUAAAAUUAAUCUUAGACGAACGUUUAGAUGGCUGUAGAAAUCUAUUUCAUGCCUGUGUUCAUAUAGCAACACCAUUGAAUAAUAAAGAAUAUUCAAUCAAUGAUGAGCAAGUUCAAACUGAAACAAAUAAUAAUCUUAAACGGAUUUCAUUUGCUAUUGAUCUUCUUCAUUCACAAACGAAUACCGAUCAUAAUUAUGGUGAACGAACAACAACAGCAGCAGCAGCACCCACAGGUAGUACGUGGUCGAAUGAAUCAUCCGCCGCUGAUGCUCAACCGCCAUCGUCACCAACAAUGCAACCCGGAGCUGCACCAACUUUAUAUAGAAGUUUAUCAACGAGUACACCAACCAAUAAUUCUGGUCCAUUGUCUCCAUCAUACAAUCCAACAAGUUUAUCGUCGAAGAUUCAACAAAUUCAAUACCUUCAAAAUCAAUUAUACCAACAACCAGCGCGUACAACUCGAAGUAAUUCAAAUGAUUUUCUCGUAUGGUCAUCGUGCAAAUACGAUGAACGUGAAAAGCGUAUUCGUGCAAUAAAAAUUCUUCGCCUAUUACUUGAUUAUCCACUAUUUCAAGAACAUUUAUUAUCAUUGCUAAGUUUUCGUAAUCUUGAAGGUCAAACACCAUUUAUGUCAGCUGUCAAUUGUUGUGCCUACAAUUGUGCUCUAAUUCUAUUUGAAUAUGCACUUAAAAUUUCUAAACGAGAAUCAUCCAAUGAUCAACAAACAUCAUCAGCACAAUUUUAUUUUGAAUCAUCAUCGCCAUUGCCGACAACGGCAACAAAUUAUUUAAAACAAUUCGAUAAUGUUCUACUUCGAAUGAUUUAUCCAUUGACAUCGACUAAUUCAGAUUAUUCGCCAUUGUAUACAAUAUGUACAAAUGAUACAUGUUCAUUUACAUGGACCGGUGAAGAACAUAUCAGUCAAGCUAUAUUCGAAUGCAAAACAUGUGGCCUCUCAGGCACAUUAUGUUGUUGUAGCGAGUGUGCGCAAACGUGCCAUAAAGGACAUGAUUGCCGUUUAAAACGUACAUCGCCAACAGCCUAUUGUGAUUGUUGGGAAGUGUGCAAAUGUAAAUCAUUGAUAGCUGGUGAUCAACAGAAACGUCUUGAACUAUUUAAAUUAUUAUUAAAUCAAACCAAUCUUGUUCAAAUACAAAAUUCACGUUAUGAAAAUAUACUUCUAUAUUUAGUACAAACGGUCGGCAGACAAAUAAUUGAACAACAACAAUUUCCUCGAACGUCAACCGCAGCAUUAUUGCAGCAACAUGCAAGAAAAUCACGCGAACAAUUAUCAAGUAGCGGGGCUAAAAAAUUACAACAUCAAAAUUCAUCAUCAGGAUCAGCAUCUAAUAAUAAUAAUUCUAAUUCAGCAAACCAAAUGGAUACAGACUCAAAUAACGCUAUUCCUGAUCAUCAUUUAGAGCCACCGCAAUUCUGUCGCCGUGCUCUUGAACUCAUUCUAGCUGAUUGGUCUGGUGUAAAAGCAAUGCUGCUUUGUGGAUGUUCCGAAAAUCUAGAUCCAACUAUAAUAAAUCCAAAAGAAUCUUUACCAAUUCUUUCCACGUGCCCGCCAAUCAUGUCGCCCUAUGACAAUGAACAUUUAUUUUCAUUAGAUCAACAACAACAAACAAGUCAACUAGAUCGUUUUACUUAUUUUCUUCUUGCAAAAUGUAAUACCGUAAAACAAUCAACAUCUACAACAACAAAAAGUUCAUCAACAACAUCAACAUCAAAUGAUCUUCUUGAUAUUCUACUAAAUACAUUAAUACGCGAAAUGUCCAAUCCCGCUCAUCGUGAUAUGGCUCGUUUUAUUACCGCACGUUUUGUACGUAGUGUGAUUCGUUUAUUUAUUAUUUUAAGUCUCGAAUCAGUUCCGGAUAAAAAUAGUUCUUCAACAUUAAAUCAAUCGCUGCCAUCAAGUACAACAAUAAAACGUAUAUCAGCAACAACUGUUACCGGUGCAACAAUAACGACAAGUUCAAAUCUAUCGUCAUCAGCUGCAGCAGCAACUCUCAGUGGACCGCAAUCAAUUUUAUUCCAAUGUAAACGGAUAUUUCAAACAUUGACUCUUAUAUCAAUCAAUGCACUUGUCCAUACAGCUGAUUUAUUACUUGCACCUGUUCGCCAUGGUAUUGCUAAACCAACAGCUAUGUUCAAUCUCUUAUCAACUCAUACCGAUAUAUUACAAGGCCUGGAAGAAGUUUUUAAUAUCGAUUCCGAAUAUUAUCGUGCCUAUCAAGAGAGUAAAUCAAAUAAUACGCAGCGUUCGUCUGAAAGUACAUUUACUAGUGGUGUCGAAGAUUUUAAUGAAACUAUUAUUGAUGAAUCACAAAAUCUAACCAAUCCGAUCAAUGCAAAUCAAACAGCAAUUGAAUUGAAUGAAGAUGAUGAUAAUAAUUCAGAUACACAAUCGCAACAUGAAACUAUACAUCCAAUAGGUAUUUCAAAUUUAAAUGAACAACAGGCAGCACGUGACAAUGUCGGUGGUUUAAGUGAUAAUGAAAGUGAAAUGGAAUUAGAAUUGCUGGCUGAAUCUGAUACAGACAAUGAAAGCAAUCGCAGUGCACCGAAUACAAAUACACAUCGAACAUCGGCAACAGCCGGAAGUGAAAACAUGGCUCUUUUUUCUGAUGAUGAAAAUUCCGAAUCCGAUGAUGCUGAUAGUGUUCGAAGUGACAGUGUCUUAGGUGAUGGCGAUGAAACAAGUCAACCAGAUCCGAUGCUUUUUGAUGAUGCACGAGAUGCUCUAGCUGCAGCUGCUGCCGCAUCCUCAGCAUCGACAGCGCCAUCAACAACAGUACCAACACCAAGUACAGUAACAAAUGAUCGAUUAGCUUUGCUACCAUCAGGAAGUAAUGCAACUGGUCAGAAUACACAAACAUCAAAUUCGUCAGCUACUACGCACCUUAAUGUGCCCAGAUUAAGUGCUCGAUCAGCCAUGGCCAGUUCAUUAUUUGGUGAAAGUCAUUCACGACGUCAAAUAGCCCCGGUUGCAACAACAUCGCCAAGUUUAGGUCAUGCGUCAGCUAUUCAACAGCAGCAACAGCAAGCUCAUGCCCAACAACAGUCGCAACCAACAAAUACUAUUUCAGUGAAUACAACAAAUUCUUUAUUGGCUCGAGCUUUUGGAAUUCUUAUUCGACAAAUAACUGAUUUACUUAUAAAAUGGCCAGCAAUGUUAUCAGCGUCAUCUUUAUAUCAUGAUAUUGUGAUCACAUCAAGUACAGUUGAUGAACAAAAUGCUGUCGAUACUAUACAAAAUGAAAUUGAACAAUGCCUUUUUCCAACUUGGCAAUGGUUUGCAACAGUCAUGGAUUCAUUUGAAUCUCAAUUACGUUUUGGCAUGACAUUAAGUAACUUGAAUCACAAUGAACAUGACUCUACAUUUCAUGGCAAUCGUUUUCUAAAAACUCUUGUUGAACGAGCACAAAGUGAAAUUAAAAAAAAAUCUACAACCACAGCUACAGCAACAGUCGCAAGUCGAAUUAAUAGUUUACCAACCAAUGAUAAACCCGUGAAUAAUCGCCUUGAUUUUCUCAAUUAUUCUCUAUCAUUAAUGCGUUCAACCCAUGAACACGGCGAUCAAGAACCGUCUCUUGAUGUUUUAUCUUAUAAACAUUUAGCCUAUUUACUCGAUGCAUUUAUUUAUUAUUUCCGUGAAAGUAAUUUUAAUGAAACAAAUCAAAUAGCAAAAAGUAAUUGGAGAGAUGUAACCGAUGAUGCACCGGCCAUCAAUCCAACGAAUAAUGAAAAUUCAACGAAUGAAGAAAUAAUAACGUCAAAUAAUAUAUUUUUUCAACGUUCACCAUCGACAUUAUGUCUUAGCUCGUUAGGACCCGAUCCGUUUCAAAUAAACAUUGAUGAUUCAUUACCAUUAGCAUGUCGUCCACAAUUAUUACAGCCGAUAUGUCGAAAAGAAGAUUUAUUCGGACGAUUUUUAUACGAUCAAACAGCUGCGAAAUAUUCUCAUUUGCCAUCACAACUUGGUCUUUCACAUCGGGAAAAUUCAAUACCAGAUUUUUUACAACCAGCGUAUUUAAAUUUAUUUAAUAAUAGCGAAGAGAAAACAAAUACAAAAACAAGAGAUGACGAUCGUAUGGCUGUUGAUGUGUUACUUGAUUUAAGUGCUGGAUUGAUAUCAUCAAAUCGAAGAAGACAACAAACAUCACAUUCAAUGCUGUUAAAUGGUUCACAUGAAUAUCUAUUAGCACGAUGGAGAUUCUCGAUCGAAUUAUUUGUUAAACUAUUUUUGGAUGAUGUUGGUAUUGAACCAGGAUCAAUAAUAAACGAGUCAAGUGGAUUUUCAGCUCGCGAACAACGUUUUCGUCAUGAUAUGGAAAGACUGAAAAAUGCGCAUCAAAAAGAUAUUCGUUUUGAAUUGAUGGAACGUGAUCGUAUUCUGCUAAUACAGAAAACAUUUCGAACAUUGAAUUCAUAUUACUAUCGUAAUCAAAAUAUGAGUUCAUCAUCGUCUGUACCACCAUUGGCUGUACAAAGAGUGAAAGUUACAUUUAAAGAUGAACCAGGAGAAGGAAGUGGAGUGGCAAGAAGUUUCUAUUCAUCGAUUGUUGAAGCAAUCUUAUCCGAAGAACGAUUACCCGUACUUGAAUUGGGUACAUAUGGUGCUUCAGCAACUUCUCAAGCAGCCUCAGGUUCUCUAUCAUCACAUGCACAACGACAACAGCGUCCAUCUCGUGAACGCCGCACAACAUUAGCAACAUAUUUACGCAGUGACCGACGUUCAUCAUCAAUGUUACUUUCAUCUGAAGCACGACCAUUUAAAUUUACAGCAUCAACUGAUUCUUCAACAGCAAAUACGAACUCCGAACCGAAUAUAAAUGAACAUUGGACGCCCAGUAAAAUUAAAUUAGGUGUUAGUAUUUAUCCAAAAGUUGCAGCCAUACAACCGUUUCAUGCCGAAAAAAUAACCGGAAUGCUCUUGGAAGGUUUACCUACACCACAGUUGCAACGUAUUAUUAAUAUAGACGAAGACUUGAGAGUUAAAGUUGAAGAAGCUAUGAAUAUUUUAACAUCGCAUAGCUCACGUGAUGCACAGCAAACUGAAUCAUUAGCAACAACAACAACAACAACAACAGCGAACGAGCGUUUAUUAACCAAUAAAAAUUCUUUAUUUGAUAAGCAACCGAAUGAAUAUGCGCCACUAUUUUGGCAACCAGAUAAAAAAGGUGUUUACGCACCAAGACCAGGAAAACAUACAUCUGAACGUUUAACUGCUUAUCGAAAUGUUGGAAGACUAAUCGGUUUAUGUUUAUUACAAAAUGAACUUUUUCCACUACCGCUUUGUCGUCAUGUGAUAAAAUAUAUUUUAAAUCGUUCAGUACGUUGGCAUGAUUUAGCAUUUUUCGAUUCGACAAUGUAUGAAAAUUUACGUCGAACUGCAUAUGAUGCAGAAAAAAAUGGACCGCAAUAUAUCAAUGAUCUUCAUCUAACAUUUUCAUUAGCUGUUACAGAAAAAGAGGGCAAUGAAACAUAUGAUCUUGUUACAGAUGGUUCCUUGAAAGAUGUAACAUAUUCAAAUCUCUAUGAAUUUAUUAAACGUUAUGCCGAAUUCCGAAUGAUCACGCUUGUCGAACAAUCACUUCAACAUUUACGUUUGGGUGUAUUCGAUGUUUUACCAUCAAAUUCUCUGGAUUAUUUAAGCCCUGAAGAUUUUCGAUUGCUAUUAAAUGGUACGAGUAAUAUAAAUGUAACAACACUAAUGACAUAUACAACAUUUAACGAUGAAAGUGGUGAGAAUACUGAACGUAUCAGUCAAUUCAAAAAGUGGUUUUGGUCUGUAUUAGAAAAAUUCAAUGCUGUCGAAAGACAAGAUUUAGUUUACUUUUGGACCGGUAGCCCAGCUUUACCAGCAUCGGAAGCUGGUUUUCAACCUCAACCAUCAGUUACAAUUCGCCCAGCUGAUGAUCAACAUUUACCAACAGCAAAUACAUGUAUCAGUCGUUUAUAUGUUCCAUUAUAUUCUUCGAAAAAUAUCUUAAAACUAAAACUUCAAUAUGCGAUAAAAACAAAAAUGUUCGGUUUUGUAUAA